AUGGGCGCCGACAGCUUCCGUUCAGACAGUUUCGCCAACCCAGCAACCAACGGCCACGGCAACAGCAACGGCAACGGCAAUGGCCACGUCGCGGAUGGAGCUCCGCCCGCGACAGCAGUCUCACCCUCAUCCCCCGUUGCGCCCCCGGUCCUGGCGCCGGAGAAGACUGAACCAGACCCGAGUGUGCUCAAGGCUGUAGACGAAGUCUUGUUUUCAGAUAUUGGAGUGAACACUCUGCUCAGCCGUCUAAAACAAAGCAUCGCAAGCGCCAAAGACUUCGCAGUCUUCUUAAAGCGCCGAGGAGCUCUGGAAGAAGAGCACGCCAACGGACUCAAGAAACUAUGCCGCUCCACGUUCGAGACGAUCCGCAAACAGGAUGCCCGCCAUGGCAGCUAUGCUCGCCAGCUGGAAGAGGUCAUGAAGGUCAACGAGCGCAUGGCUGAGAAUGGCUCCCAAUUUGGCCUUUCCCUCCACCAGAUGCACGAGGACCUCACCGAGUUGUCAAAUACCAUGGAGCGUGGCAGGAAGCAGUGGAAACAAACCGGCCUGGCCGCCGAGUCGCGAGUACAAGAGGCGGAGAAGAUCAUGGAGAAGGCCAAGGCCAAGUAUGAUUCAUUGGCCAACGACUACGACCGGGUCAAGACUGGCGACGCUGGGGCAGGCAGGAAGUUUGGCAUCAAAGGGCCCAAGUCAACAGCGCAACACGAGGAGGAUCUGCAGCGAAAGGUCCAAGCAGCGGAUGCAGACUAUCUGGCAAAGGUGCAAGCUGCCCAAGCUCAGAGGCAGGAGCUUGUGUCUACUUCUCGGCCGCAGGCUGUGAAGGCAGUGCAGGAGUUGGUCACCGAGUGCGACUCCGCUCUGACGCUACAGGUUCAGAAGUUCGUUGCUUUCAACGAGAAGUUGCUGCUGAACAACGGCAUGGCUGUCAGCCCUGUCAACAUUGGGGAGACUGCGGGCAACCUACCACCAAGUCUACGGGAGAUAGUCUUCAAAAUCGACAACGAGAAGGACUUCCACCAGUUUGUCACGAGUCACACUGGGAAAAUUCCGGCGAAGCAAGGGGAUUACAAAUAUGUCAAGCAUCCGACUCUCGUCACUCAAACGGCACAGCCGAUCCCACCAGCGCAACCCGCGCAGCCGCGACAGUCUUUGUCAAUGCAGACUAACCAACCUCCGCCAUCAUUCUCUGUUGCUCAGCCAGAGACGCCGGAAUCUCCUGAAAUGCAACUUGGAAUUCAUCAAGCACCGCCGGCUACUCAACCACUCUCCCAGUCGCAGCCGUACAAUUCUGGCUACCAGCAACCCCCACCACACCAAGCUUCGCUCUAUGACCGAGGGCUUGCCCAGCAACCUUCUUAUGCUCCCUCUUAUCCCCAAUCUUCCUCGAGCCCGUACGCUUCAGCUCCAGCUGCGGCCCCAUCACCAUAUCAGCAGCCACCUCAAAACGCUGCAGUGUCUUAUGGCAACCUACCUCCUGUGAAGCCUGUAUUUGGCAUCACCUUGGACGAUCUGUUCAGGAGAGACGGCACGCCCGUGCCUAUGGUAGUAUAUCAAUGUAUCCAAGGUGUCGACCUUUUUGGCCUGGAUCUUGAAGGCAUUUACCGCAUACCCGGCACUUCGUCGCACAUCACAGCAAUGAAGGCGCUAUUCGACAAUGAUGCAUCCAAGGUGGACUUCCGUAACCCGGAAACCUUCCACCACGAUGUUAACAGCGUCGCCGGGCUGCUCAAGCAGUUCUUCCGCGAUUUACCUGACCCGCUGUUGACGGCGGAGCAUUACACUGAGUUCAUUGACGCCGCUCGGAUUGACGACGACACGGUCCGCCGAGACUCAAUGCACGCCAUCAUCAACGCACUUCCAGACCCAAACUACGCGACUCUACGAGCGCUCGUUCUGCAUCUCAACCGCGUGAACGAGCACUCCCAGGCAAAUCGGAUGAGCACAAGCAAUCUCGGCAUUUGUUUCGCACCGACGAUAAUGGGCCAGCACCGGGGCCAGAUUGCGGACUCGGGGCUACAGGCUAGAGUCAUCGUUACGAUUCUGGACAACGUGUAUCAGAUCUUUGACGAGGAUUAG